AGCCGAGUUUGGGAGACGGACCGAAUUCUCUCCCGCCUUCCCAGUUUGUUUACCCAGUCGGAGCACCCACCGGGAGCCAAUAUCUUCAAUUAACCAUGGCUUUGGCGCUGAACCCAGUACAGAUUAUGAAGGCGGAGGCCGAGGAGGAGCGAUCGGAAACAGCUCGUCUCUCUUCUUUCAUCGGUGCCAUUGCUGUUGGGGAUCUCGUUCGCUCCACCCUUGGCCCUCGGGGGAUGGACAAGAUUCUAGUGGCUAUGGGGCGGAACGAGGGCCAGAUUGAGGUGACCAACGAUGGGGCAACCAUCCUGCGAAACAUUGGUGUUGACAACCCAGCAGCAAAGAUUCUGGUGGACAUCAGCAAGACACAGGAUGACGAGGUUGGCGACGGGACUACCUCUGUCGUGGUGCUUGCCUCUGAACUACUGCGGGAGGCCGAGAAGUUGGUGUCGAUGCGGCUUCAUCCUCAGACCAUCAUCGCAGGCUACCGCAAGGCUACCGAUGCUGCCAGGGAGGCCCUCACCGCGGCUGCAAAGGACAAUUCAUCUGAUCCGCAAGCCUUCAGGGAGGACCUCAUGAGGAUCGCCAAGACAACGCUGAGCUCAAAGAUUCUAGCGCAGCACAAGGACUUCUUUGCCCAGCUGGCCGUCGAUGCUGUGUUGAGGCUGAAGGGGUCUGGCAAUCUGGACGCCAUUCAGGUCAUUAAGAAGACUGGAGGAACUCUUCGGGACUCCUUCCUGGACGAGGGCUUCAUUUUGGAGAAGAAAAUUGGGGUGAACCAGCCCAAGCGGAUUGAAAAAGCCCGGAUCUUGGUUGCCAACACACCAAUGGACACUGACAAGAUAAAGGUGUUUGGCUCCAAGAUCUCUGUCGACUCUACUGCUAAGGUGGCAGAGCUGGAACUGGCAGAGAAGGAGAAGAUGAAAGCGAAGGUGCAGCGGAUUCUCAAACACGACAUCAACGUUUUCAUUAACCGACAACUCAUCUACAACUACCCUGAGCAGCUGUUUGCCGACGCGGGGGUGAUGGCAAUUGAACACGCAGACUUUGCCGGGAUUGAACGCUUGGCUCUCGUGACGGGCGGAGAAAUAGCCUCCACCUUCGACAGCCCUGAACUGGUCAACCUGGGGACCUGCGACUUAAUUGAGGAGUGCAUCAUCGGGGAGGACCGGAUGAUUAGGUUCAGUGGCGUCAAGAUGGGAGAAGCCUGUACCGUUGUCCUGCGCGGGGCCACCACUCAGAUCCUGGAAGAGGCCGAGAGGUCCCUGCACGACGCCCUCUGUGUCCUCACCCAGACUGUGAAGGAGACCAGGGUUGUGUAUGGUGGAGGCUGCAGCGAGACCCUAAUGGCCAAGGCAGUGCAGGAGGCAGCCUCGCAAGUCCCAGGGAAGGAAGCGCUGGCAAUGGAAUCCUACGCAAAGGCUCUUUUAAUGAUUCCCUCCAUCAUUAGCGACAAUGCUGGGUACGACUCGGCCCAACUUCUGUCCGAACUGAAGGCCGGACACGCGCAGGGGCACUCCACGCUGGGGCUGGACAUGGAGGAGGGGUGUGUGGACUGCAUGGUGAAGGUUGGGAUCACCGAGAGCUUUCAGGUCAAACGACAAGUGGUAAUAUCCGCAGCUGAAGCAGCCGAGAUGAUCUUGCGCGUGGAUGACAUCUUGAAGGCCGCACCCAGGCAGAGGAGCCACGACCAAGGGCACUGUUAGGGUCUUCAGGGCUGUGGGGGCCAUUAAGGGUCAUUGCUAAGGGUCAAUGGGGCCUCUAAAAGGGUCCAUUUCGCUGUCUGUUUAUCCUUUCGCUAUUAAUCGCUGUCUCACAAACAUUCACUCAGCGGGCAGUUCACAGUGUUGCCAAGUCUGGGAAGGAGAGAUGCUUGCCUGUUGGUCUCUCGGUGUGUGUGUGUGUGUGUGUGUGUGUGUGUGUGUGUGUGUGUAUGUGUGUGUGUUGCCAGCUUAUCACAACAUCAGUAUAUAUUGUGAAAAAAUCAUUGAAUAUUGACAUGUUUAAAGGGCUGUAGUUGAAGUUGUAAGGGUUUUCAAGGGUGUUUUUAAGGUUCUAGUGACAGAUUAACAACAUUUCUACACUAUUAACUGGAGAAACACCCUUGAGAACCCUGCUACCUCUAUUUAAAAGGCUGUAAUUGAAGUUACUGUGGUUUUCAAGGGUGUUUUUAAGGUUCUAGUGGCAGAUUAACAAUAUUUCUACACUAUUAACUGGAGAAACACCCUUGAGAACCCUGCUACCUCUAUUUAAAAGGCUGUAGUUGAAGUUAGUGUGGUUUUUAAGGGUGUUUUUAAGGUUCUAGUGGCAGAUUAACAAUAUUUCUACACUACUAACUGGAGAAAGACUUGAAAAAACCCUUGAAAAACCACCUUCCCACGCACACACACACACACACUGACGCACAGUAGAGAGAGAGAGAGAGAGAGAUGAAUUUCCUUUUAAAACCUCAUUGCUUUUGCCAUUAACACACACACACACACACACACACACUGAUCUCUCUGUCCUCUUUCCUUAUCAGUAAAUAAUUGAAAUAGAUAAUUGAGGACUGUGUUUGUUUGUUUACAUCUCAAGCAUAAAUAAAAAAAAAUUAAUGAUGA